AUGGAUGAGCAGGGAAAAGAAUCAGUUGUUUACGUAGCACUCGGAAGUGAGUUCACCCUAAGUCAACAAGAACUCACUGAGUUGGCUCUUGGGUUAGAGUUAUCUGGGCUACCAUUCUUUUGGGCAUUAAGGAUAAGGAAAGGACUCGAUGCUACCGGGUCUGAGCAACCAUCGUUGAAGCUACCAGAGGGGUUUGAAGAUCGAGUCAAGGGUCGAGGGAUUGUUUGGACGAGAUGGGCACCUCAACUCAGGAUAUUAAAUCACGAGUCAGUCGGAGGAUUCUUGACUCACUGUGGAUGGAGUUCAAUCAUUGAGGGGCUCCUGUUUGGAUGUCCACUGGUGAUGUUACCUUUCAUGGUGGACCAAGGAUUGAAUGCGACAGUCAUGGAGGAGAGAAACAUAGGUGUAGUGGUUCCAAGAAAAGAUGAUGAAGAUGGAUUGUUCACGAGGGAUGAUGUUGCAGAAUCUCUGAGGCUGGUUAUGGCAGAUGAGCAGAAAGAGGGAAAGAGUAGUUACAGGGAGGAGGCAAGGAAGAUGGCCAAGUUAUUUGGGGAUAGAGAGCUACAUCAAAAAUACAUGGAUGAUUUUAUCAAACAACUUUUGGUUAAUUAA